CUCUCAAGCGAUCCCCCAUGGCAGUGACUCCGGUUGGGACUCCGGCUGGGCCUAUGAACAAUAACCUGUUUAUUGAUAAUAAAAACUCCCCGGCAUGGUCAGUGGAUAUUCCGCUGGAAUCUAACCCAGGCCUUCGCGGCGGUCCAUACGUCCUAGCUUUAAUGGAUCAUCCGCCGUUAAACAUACCACUCCGUGCCCCAACUCCGGCGGAAAGGCGAGUAAGAGUGGUACUAAUGCUGACAAGAUGCGAUUAUUCCCUACAAAUUCCCUUUUGUCGCCCUUCAUGUACACCAUUUCUAAUCCACACGUUGAAUCCACUACGCGUCACCGUAGCCACGCAUACUUAAUCUCAUG